UGUGCCCAGCCGUCACCGCUCCCUGGCUUCAUUCAUCUUAGGUGUCAUCAUGGUUGGGGUCAUUCUGUUUUCACGUAAAUGUAAUAUUAAUCCUGACAAUGUAGCUACUCCUAUAGCUGCUUCACUAGGAGACUUGACUACACUUGGCCUCCUGGCUUGGAUUGCAUCUGUACUCUAUGCUUCUAAAAACACAGACCAGUGGCUCAGUCCUGUCAUAGUUGUUGGUUAUAUUCUCUCAUUACCACUCUGGGUAUGGUUGGCCUCACGUAACAAGCAUACAAAGGAGGUCCUGUAUUCUGGAUGGACCCCUGUCAUCUCUGCCAUGAUGAUCUCCAGUCUUGGUGGGCUCAUCCUAGACUACACUGUAAGUAGUUACAAAGGUAUUGCAGUGUUCCAACCUGUCAUCAAUGGUGUUGGAGGUAACUUGGUGGCUGUGCAAGCAUCACGCAUCUCGACAGCUCUCCAUGCAGCAGCUCCACUCGGGAAGAUGCCAAAGUUUGUAACGAAUCUAUGCAUCAACCCGAUUUCUGCAUUCUGUGCCAGGGUGGGUCACCCAAGAACGGCUCGUGUGCUGCUGCUCUUGGUGGUUCCUGGGCAUCUUGUCUUUAUGUACACCAUCUCCUACCUGAAGGCUGGCCACACAUCUCUCACACCCAUCUUCGUGGUUACUUACUUGCUGGCUGCUUUCCUCCAGGUAUGGUUCAUUGUGUUUGGAUUAGUUAACUACGUGCAUGAGAGAACUUACAUCAUUUAGUAUAAAGGGACUGUC